UCGAACGCUCAACUCAACAUCCCGGUCAACGUAUAUGAACAUCCUCUGAGACACUGCCCUCGUCAGCGGAGCGCCCUCCCCUCUCUCCUACCUCCUGUCAUCCUUCUCGUCGUCCUGCUGUAGCCAUGAGCAGCUCUGACGCGUCUAUCGAGAAAGAGAAGCGCGGCGCCGACCAUGAGGUCGCCGAGUCCUACGACGUCGAUGUGGCGGCACAGCUGGUUGCGGGGAGCGACGGUCCUGUAGAUCCUGCGGAGGCAAACCGGGUCAAGCGGAAAAUCGACCUCCACAUCCUCCCGCUCAUGUGCCUUCUUUACCUAAUGCAGUUUGCUGACAAGACGACCCUCGGCCAGUCUGCGGUCCUAGGCAUCCUGAAAGACGCGCACCUCGGGCAGAACCAGUUCGACUGGCUCAGCACGAUCUUCUAUCUCUCCUUCCUUGCCUUCCAGCUCCCGCAGAGCUACGCGCUCCAGCGGCUCCCCGUCGGCAAGUGGGUCAGCGUGAACAUCCUCGUCUGGUCCAUCGCGCUCCUCUGCCACGCCGCCGCGAAGAGCUUCGGCACCCUCCUUGUGUGCCGCUUCUUCCUCGGCAUGGCGGAGGGCGCGAUCACGCCGGGCUUCAUGAUCGUCACGUCGAUGUUCUAUACGCGCACGGAGCAGACGAGAAGGGUGGGGUAUUGGUUCUUGAUGAAUGGCACGGCAGUCAUCUUCCUCGGCCUGGUCGCGUACGGGACGCUGCACAUCUCGCACGGCGCGCUCGACCCCUGGCAAUGGCUGAUGAUAAUCACGGGGCUGAUCACGUUCGUCACCGCGAUCCUCUUCUGGUUCUUCUUCCCCGACUCGCCCGCGACAGCGCGCUUCCUGACGCACGCGGAGAAGGGCGUCGCCGUCGCGCGCAUCAAGACGAACCAGGCGGGCGUCGAGAACAAGCACUUCAAGCGCGAGCAGGUCCUCGAGGUGUUCAAGGACCCGAAGACGUACCUCUUCUUCUUCUUCGCGGCCAUCUCGAACGUCACGAACUCGCUGAGCAACCAGCGCCAGAUCAUCGUCGCGGAGUUCGGGUUCUCCGCGAUCGACACGACGCUGCUUGGGUGUGUGGACGGGCUCUUUGAGAUCAUUUGGAUCUUCGUCGGCACGAUGGGCGCGUCGUACUGGCCGCACGGGCGCGCGUACAUGUGCGCGCUGCACUACCUCGUCGCGAUCCUCGGCGCUAUCCUCGUCACGACACUGCCGUGGUCGGACAAGGUUGGAUUGUUGUUCUCGUAUUGGAUCGCGAUCAACUACAUCGUGCCCUUCGUGAUCUUCCUCUCCUGGGUCGGCAACCUCACCGCGGGGCACACCAAGCGCGUGACCACGAACGCGAUCGUCAUGGUCGGGUACGCCGUCGGGAACGCCGUCGGGCCGCAGUACUGGCAGGCGCGGUACGACCCGCGCAACCGCGUGCCGUGGGCGAUCCUCGCCGCGUGCUGGGCCGCCUCGAUGCUCAUCAUCCUCGCGACGCGCUUCUACCUCGCGCGCGAGAACGGGAGGCGCGAGCGCGAGCCGAGGGACGCGACGUAUGACGAAGUGUACAUCGUGGACGAGAAGGGCGAGGAGCAGAGGGUGGAUAGGGCGUUCUUGGAUCUCACCGACAUGCAAAAUCGGGAUUUCAGAUACGUGCUGUGAUGAGAGAGGAUCGCGGGAGGGGUGCAUACGCGCAAGAAGGAUCUUGAUGCCAGCUCGGUAGGCAUGUAUUAUAUUUGCUUGGGAGACGAACGCGCGUUGGUAGCGUGCAUGUAACGACUACUUAUUGGACGAGCUUUGGGCUAUAUAAUACAGGAUACUCACCAUAAUUAGACUGGAAUGAAUAUGUUUGGCACGUUGUACGAGCUCAACUAAAUGUCACGACGAACAGCAUGGGGCCCGCGU